AUGGCGCAGAAAGGGACGCCAGCUUUCCCGAUCUUCCUGUACAGCAAUUUUGAUGCUGAGGCUCUGUGUCAAAUCGCGAGCGAGAUACGACGGGGGCCCCGAUGUUUAUGCAAUCUUAACCAAUUACCAGCACGCGGAGGCUUUAACUGGGCUGUUCUCCUCCAAUUUCAAGAUGGCGUUGAAUGGGUUUUCCGUUCGCCAGUACCAAAUCAUCCCGAGUUGUCUGACGAGGCUGUCGCCAAACUUCUGCCAAGCGAAGUUGUAACCCUUAGGUUUCUGAGGAAAUACGUCAACCUACCUGUUCCUAAUGUUUAUGCAUAUUGUGCCGAUCGAAAAAAUCCAGUCCAAGUCCCCUACAUUUUGAUGAGCAAGGCAGAUGGAAAGACACUAGCGAUGAUGUGGGGGACGGAUGAUUUCCAUCAUCGUCAGGGCUCACUGGAUAUUCACAUCAGCAAAGUGCUGUAUCAACUAGGACACAUUGCAUGGAAGCUUGCUCAGUUUCGCUUUUCCCAAAUUGGGUCCCUGUGCGACGAAGACGGAUAUAUUGUCAUUGGAGAAUGUCUCUCACGAGGCCACUUGCAACACAAGAGAUGCACCUUGAAACAAGUCCCUCGCGGCCCUUUUGCCACCGCUAAUGAGUUCUACGAUAGCCUCAUAGCGGCGCUCACUCGUCACGCCGAAGUGCUGCCGCUGGCACCCCAUUGUUUUACUGCUCCAUUGCCAUCCGAGAGAGACUUCUCCAGCAAAGGUGAUUGGAUAGAUGUCUGCAACCAUUGGGGUGACUUUGUCACUGUGGGACAAAAGAUUGACAGUGCCGCGAAUCGUGUGGACUAUCUCAUCGCCAGUCAUGCCCUGAAUGACAUGAUCGCUCAACACGAAAGCAAUUCGCAGGGUAUCAUCACAUCGUCGGUCCCAUUUUCCUUGUGCCACCCAGACUUGAGCGUGAAUAACAUCUUCGUCGACGAUCAGUAUAACAUUACAUGCAUAAUCGAUUGGGCAUUCACCACGACCGUGCCACUCUCCUGGCUUUUGUCACCACCUGGGUUUCCUCAGUCGCGGAACAGGUUAGAGGAUAAUCUUUGCUCUGCUUUCAGAGACGGUUUCAGAGACGCAUCGAGCAUUGGGUUGCCGGUUCAGCCCGAGGACUUGUCUAUCCCCAGAGCAAUUCAGUGCAUUGAGAACAGUCAAUUUGUCUGGUGCCUCGCUAGAUUUCUAGCAAUGGAUUCCACAGACGACCUUGCUCUUUUCCGUACUUUGUGGGAAUUGGUUUAUCCACCAGAGAAGAAGCUCGAAUCAUACUUCUUUUCACAAAGAGCUUCAUCUCGUUCGCGAUCCCAAUACGCAUCGAUCAGACUUGAGGACCUAUCAUCAAGCGAUGUCCAAAAAAUAGAGAACGGUUCAUUCUCCACGUCCCAGCAAUUCGAGCUGUCUGUGGCUCGUCACUUGACAAUGGUUGCAGAUUGGGGAUUUAUUUGUGAUCGGUUCAAAUGUGCUGGCCUUCGAGACACAGAACAGAUAUUCAUCACAGAGCCGCGGCUUUGGCGAUGGAUUUUGGCAUUCAAGAAGGAUUGGUGUGAGAGGAUUGACACUGAAGACAGCAAGGUGGAAACAGCAAACAACGCGAUUGGCUCAGAGAACAACACAGAAGAGAGCAAAAAUUGA